UCCCUCGUCCAUGGGCUUCCGAUUCACGGCGAUUCGCCAACGGAAAAGAAAAAUAUCAAACGAUUUGGGUUCACGCAAAUGGCGUGACAAGACAAUGAAGCAUGUCUGGGAAGCCAUCAUGAACUAACGAGUCCAGGCUCGGAUGGAUUCGAAGUCACGCAAGUCUCCGAAGACCACCGGCCUUCCCGAUCCAACCAAGUUUCUAUCGAAUUCCCCGCCGGGGCGGGCUCGAUUUCUUGCUAAGCCAGAGCUCGGUUUUGUCAGCGAGCGACCGUUUGCGGACUUUUCCACUCCUCCCCUCGCCUCCCCAGAAGAUUUCGUCGUCACUACGUCGUCCCUCGAUGAUUCAGGCUCUCGAUGGCCGUCCACAUGCCUUUCCGUUGUCGGGAGGUCAUUGACUCGCUGUUUUCCACUGAUUGAAAGAAACUUUAAUUGAGGGCUACCUUUCUAUCGCAUGUCUCGUACAGAAUGCUCCGCGCUGACUGGGCGGCCGGAGGCACAGAAAUUGCCUUCAAUGGAAACUGACACCAUUAUUAUCGGGAACGGGCCAUCUGCCAUGAUCCUAUCGUUCAUCCUGCAUGGCCAUCUACCUUAUUACUCCUCCAAUCCUCCCCAUCCCGACCCCCUCCUGCAUGCCAAGUUAAAGGCGGCCCCGGAACUGCUGGAUGCGGAUGUAGACGCACUGACCGAACACUUUGCUGCGUCUCGGCUGUCUUAUUCCACCCAGGCCCUCCCUGUAAAUGUACUACUCGACACCCUAGUUCGACCUAGCGUCGACGUGGAGGAGCUCGGAAGCACCACGAACAUUGAAUGGCGGCAUGCGCCUGAAAAAGCCGUCCCGCACUUGGUCUUCGGCAAUACGCCGCAACCCGGCGGCCAAUGGAAUGAUAAUCUGAUGCCGGCUAGCUGGGAAAUCCAGACCCUGAGUUAUGCGUCAAUGUUGUCAUUGCCCGGUUAUUCUUUCGCGGAGCACUACCGCAAAGUCACCGGCAAUGACCUCCCGGCAUUCACGCGUCCCAGCCGGCAAGAGACCGCUGAUUAUUUCCGCGCCUACCCCGAGGCCGUGCAGAUCGACGAUGCCUUCCGGUGUCGCGAAAGCCUGGAUGGGAUCUCGAGAACUGCGAACGGGUUUUAUAUCCGCUCUCACAAUAUCCACUGUAAACACCUUGUUUUGGCCAGUGGGAUCUUUACCCAUGUUAUACAACCCCGUCCGAUGCUAGAGCCGCUAGCGUCGCUGGAACCGACGCCUCAACUCCCGCUCCUGGUCAUCGGAUCGGGCUUCUCCGCGGCCGAUGUUAUCAUCUCGGCACCCAAAGAUCAACAAAUUCUCCACAUCUUCAAAUGGGACCCCGAAAAUCGACCAUCUCCUUUGCGUGGCUGUCAUCAGCAAGCCUAUCCCGAGUACGCCGGUGUGUACCGCCUUAUGAAACGCGCCGCCGUUGCUCAUAGCUCGGGCGCGGCGAAACGUCCUGCCAGGACGAAGCGAAGCGUCUCAAGUCCUUUCCUCGAGAAUCGCGCCUGGGACCAGGUGUACGACGGCCAUCCCAACACCGAAAUCAUUUCUGUUGACGCCCAGAAAGAGUCGGCAACGGUAACAUUCCGCCAGGCCGACGGGGCGACAUUCACCCGUGUUGUCCGCGGUAUGGUCUACGCGACUGGCCGGCGCGGAAGCCUUGGCUACCUCGAUCACGCUCUUCUCUCAGAGGUCAUUGGCGUUGAUGAAAGGGGUGAAACAAGUCCUAUCAUCUCGAGCCAGACCCUCCGAGGCAAAGCACUUGAGAACAUGGAGGUUGCAAAGGACGUCUUUGUGAUCGGCAGCUUGACGGGGGAUUCACUGAUCCGAUUUUCAUACGGCAGCUGCGCCCAAACCGCGGGCAAGCUGAUCGGUACGUAUACAGGAGAGGCGAAGGCCAGAAACCGAACGGUCCCCACCACUCGGCCGCAGGAUUCAUCUCUGAGCGUGAUGCAUGGUCUGGAUGGCCAUGAUAUUUAUCCUGCGGCUAUGAAUGAUAUCUGCUUGGAAAAGCACGACACGCACGACACGAUACCUUCGAUCCGAAAGUCUGGCUUCCUUGGGAGUAUUUGGAGAUCUUUCAUUGGUAUAUGGAAGGGAUAGAACUAGUUUUGAAGGGUGUAUGAGCAUAUGCUAUAUUUGAUAGACACAUUGUAUUUAUUGGUGUUUUGUUAUGUAUAUACGGAAUGCAUUUACGCAGCGAGUGGCCAACUGGUAACUCAAGCUGGUAUCACUGCCUC